AUGAGCAUCGGAGCUGUUGACGAGGACUCGCUUUGCUUCAGUUUCCGAGGGUUGCGUUUUGUGGUGACUGCAGAGGGAGAGAGGACUUCAGCUGCAAGCGGAUCGCAGGGCAGACCUGUGCUCGUCGACCAAGGGACCCAGACCGAAUCUGGACCACUUGCAGGCGAGCAUCCGCUCGCCCAGGCCGGGAUUCCGGAUCCCGACUGGACCCGGCUAGUUGAACUCUUUACGGCUAGCGAGCUCAACGACUUCGAAUUGGGCAGCUUUGCUCACUUCGCUCGAGAGAUCAAGUCGGCGGGAGAGCUGACUGCUACUGGACGGAUUGCUAGGGCGGCUCGAGCCGGCUGGUGUGCGAGACAGGUCCUGAGCAGCGACACCCUGACUGAGUACGUGUCAGCUUCACCGCCCUGCACUCUAGCAAAUCGGAUUUAUAUCUGCUUGAGGUGCACUCAGUAUCCCAACGGCUUCAUUUCCUCAUCUUUCGGGAGCUACCGCGAGGCCUGUUUCGAUCUGGGACGCAACCGCCCUCAGGAAGAGGUGCGGCGUCUGGCCGAGGUAGCAGACCCGCAGAAACCUCUUGCACCGGCAUACCUCGCCGAUGUAUCGGAGGCAGCCGCUUGGAGAGCCGUUGCUUUCGUAGUCCGGGUGCGCGCAGGCGGCUUCAUGGUGGCCCUUCCAGUGGACGAACGCGUUUCAGCAGCUCUGGAGAACAUGAUGGGGGCAGAUGGGUCCGAGCUAGCCUUGGUGCGAGAAGUCGAGCUCAGUGCCGAGACGCCGAGGCGCAGACCAGUUGGGAUCUUACGGGUCCUCCUGGCCGAUAUCGGGUGGGAGGCCCUGUCUGCUUUCAAAAAGGCUGCUACAGGACGAGGCGGGCCGGAGAUGAUCACCAUGCAGAAGGAGGGCGCAAUCGUCCGCCCAACCCGCUCCUCAGCCAUGGAUGUCAGCGAGGCUUGGAUUGCAGAGGUCUUCGACGAUCCAGCCCUCAACGAGUACGUCACGGCCAACGAGGACCAAGAAGAUGGCGAGCAGGAGGAGCCCCCCCCAGAGAUCGAGGAGACACCGGAGCAGGCUGUGAUCAGGCUGCAAGCUCGGGUUCGAACUUUGGAAGCGAGACACCAGCCUGCGACUGGGGCCAAUCGGCCUGGUGCUACCCGAGGGGCGCGACCUCUGUUUCCGGAGCACACUUCAGGAGCUCUGGGGGCAGACGACUGGGAUGCGCUCCGCCAGGCAGCGGGACCUCCACCGGGGAACUUAGCGAGGCACGAGCGCCGACCUCGACCAGCCAAAGCCAUCAUCGAGGACGACACCUUGGCCGAGGAAGAGGCAGGCGCGAUCGGGCUGGAGGGCGAGGGAUCUUCGCAGCCACUCCUGCAACAGAUCCUUCUGACUCAGACGAAGCUCCUGGAGAGACUAGCUGGCAAGACCGGAUCCGAUCCCAUCGCGGCCGCACUCACGGGCAGCAGCUCCAGCGAGCCAACCUCUGGUUCGGCGAAAGGAAUAACAGCCCGCGAAGCCUACGUGAAGAUGAUGCAACAACAGACCAGUAUCACUUCUGCCAUCCGCGCCUCCGCCGCGGCAGAGCUGGGCUUCGACGCCUCGGAUCCGCCGAGUUCCCUCAUGAGGACUUACGUCGAAAGGAAGAUGGUGAUAGGAGAACAUCGCAUGCUAGCGUUCGCCCAUCUUCUCGCUCAUGCGUGGGAGGAGGCUCGCGAGAAGCAGGAUCCUCUUCUAGAGUUCUGGGCUUCACGAGGGCUGCUCAUGGCCGAGCAGUUCGGUGUCGACGCAGGAAGAACGACGAUGGGUUGGCUGUUUUCGGCCCUGCCGGAUCCCAACUGGAACCUACUGCAGCGGAAGAGGACCGGCUUGAAGCCUUUUGCACGGCUAGCAGCCGGCAGCUGGGUAGCUGCAAACACGGCUUAUCUCCGGGACCUAGAGUACUUGGAGAAUCGACUGAAAGCUGUGAAUCCCGGAGCACCCCCAUCUGCAGCCGAUCCUCCUGCCGCCAGGGAGUCAGACGCCGACAAGCCAGAAGCCGACCGGAGACCGCAGAGGCCGCCUCGGAAGCCCAAGGUGCACGGUACGAGAGAAGACAUUCUCGCCCUGGCCGAGAAGUGGGAUCGGAAGCAGGCGCUUCGCUUGAUUCCUGUGAGUGAAAUCGAUCUUUCGGAAGCCGUAGAUACGGAGAUCUUUGAGGCUGCGGGCCGAGCAUACACACAGGUGCGUCUGAUCCAACAUGAAGACAAGCGCAAACGCAACGAGUUUGUGGGCAGUUUCCUGGGAGCCGAGAUGGACGGCGUGACGGGGUUUGUUUCCGCCCCGCGGCACAGAAUCAGCGUGCUCAUGCUGCUGACGGCCAUGAUUUGCUACAAAUCUGUGUCUUCGCCGGCCCUUCUUAGCUCUCUACUGGGCUUCUGGGUCCACGUGCUCCUUUUUAGACGGCCGGGCCUGGCUCUGCUCAGUGCCUCCUUUCGGGAUGCUCGGAAGCAACCCAUGAACGAAGUGAUCAAACUCUCGCGUGAGACUGUGUGUGAGCUUCAGGCUCUCACCUGGCUGGCACCGUUGUGGGUUACCAAUCUUCGCGUUGACUACGCGCCGCACGUUUUCUGCACAGACGCCUCGCCUUACGGGGCAGGGAUUUGCCGUGGUGAUCUGCCCCGCGAGGUCGUUAAAGAGCUGUGGCGGCAUGGCGAGCAGCGCGGGUACUACACAGCUCUUGAAGCUCCUGCUACAGCCACUUUGCGUGAGCUUGGGCUUGAGACUGAAGCAUUCUUCGGCAGCGUCGAGGUGCCAGCCCCUGAGCGGUUGCAACCCUCUCGCGCUGCAGGAUCACAGCCUCAGCUUUUCGAUUACGUCGCACUGUUCGGGCGCGAUGCAAAUUGGGCCCCUGUCCAUGCCAACCUGGGGCUGCGAGCCCACCCCGGUACACGUGCGGAUGGCAGCCCUUUUGACCUGCGCAAGGAGGCCGAUUUCCGGGAACUAGCACAGCUUGCAGCUGAUGGGGUCAUUCGAGAGUGGCAUUUUGACAUGCCGAGCCUGUCUUUCAGCACUUGGAGUCGGCCUCGCUUGCGGACCAAAUUCCAGCCAUCCGGGUUUGACUCAGACGAGCCACGCACCGGGCGGCACAAUCGUUUGGCUCGGCGUGUUGCAUUUCUGUGUGCAAUCAUAGCCACCGGAGGCGGGUAUUUCAGUGUUGAACAACCGGGCGCCUCGGUCAUGUUUCAUUUGCACUGCUUUCGUGCCCUCGUUUCGCUUGGUGCUGUGGUGACCAGGCUUUGUGAGACCCUCGCGCACUACAGCGCCAGGCACAGUGCAGUGCCCACCAUGCCGCUUUCCGUGAAGCUUCAGACUUUCAUCAAUCUGGGGUUUGAGAUGCCAGACGUGGACAUUGAUUUCGCAGAGUCGGACUCGGCGCAACCUCGCAGUUUUCACGAUGAUCCUGAAUGGAUUUCCGACUUAGCUGAGAGCGUUGAGUUUAAGGAAUUACUUCGGUACAAGUUCAGUAAGACUGGCCACAUCAAUGUCCUUGAGUGCAGGGCCUACAAAACGUGGGUUAAGUGGGCAGCACGGCACCAUCCCAUGAGCAGGCUUCUGUGCAUGUUGGAUAGCCGUGUCCUCCUUGGUGCAGCUGCCAAGGGUCGGUCCAGCAGUUUGGCCAUCACGCGAGUACUACAGGGGGCACUACCUUACAUUUUAGGUUCCCAGUUGUACCCGGCUGGACUGCACGUCUACUCUGCCCAGAAUCGGAGCGACGGGCCAUCGAGGUGGAAACCCGUACCAGGCCCGACGAAGCCUCUACCUCGCUGGCUCGAGGAACUGAUCGACGGCGACACUUUCGGCUUCGAUGUCAUGCUAGCAUCAGCUUCGGUGCCCAAGCUGCCGGGGCGCUGGCUGAGACUGCUCCUUUUACUAGGCGGAGACAUCGAGAGAAAUCCGGGGCCUUCCCCUUCACCUCGCGGACCUCUCGAUUUGCAAUCCGGCUUUGUAGCGUCCACGAGGCAUAAGAUGCAGAAAGCUUUCUCGGGCUUUCUCGCUUGGCUGCAAGAUGAGCUCCGCAUCGACGCUACUGCGGUCCUAUCAUCUUCGGAGUCAGCUGCUCUGGCUCUCCGAGGAUACGGCUUAUACUUGUAUGAAGCCGGCCACCCUCGUUAUCUGCUGGUGUAUGCCAUUACGGCUGUGCAGGACGCUUACCCGGCAUACCGCUCGCAGCUGACACCGGCCUGGCAGCUAGACAAGAAGUGGCAAGCAGCUGAGCCUGGAGAAUGCCGCCCCGUCAUCUCCCAGCCUAUUUUACAGGCCGCCAUCGCCCUCGCGGUUCUUUGGAACUGGACCGAUUGGGCCGCCGUUACACUUUUGGGCUUUUUGUGCAUGUUGCACCCAACGGAACUCAUCUUUCUUACUCGUGGUGAUCUGGUUUUUCCAGCAGACGCUUUGUCGAGCGAUCGCAUCGGCUACGUACAUAUUAAGAACCCCAAGACUGCACGCUUUGCGAGGCGACAGCAUUGCAGAUUUGAUGAUCAAGUGACUUUGGAGUUCCUUGAAGCUCUCUUCCUCAAGUUGCCAUGGUCAGCGAGGCUCUUUCGGGGUUCCUUACAUAUGUAUCGUAAGCAGUGGAAUGCUAUCAUGACUCGACUUGGAGUCCCCUGUUCUUUGGCUCAGCGCGGAGCUACUCCGGGAGUCUUACGAGGCUCCGGAGCAACCUUUUUAUACCUCGAGACCGAAGAUCUUCCGCUGGUUGCCUGGCGGGGCCGCUGGGCGAAAGUCAAGACUGUUGAAUUUUACUUGCAAGAGGUAGCAGCUCAGCUGCUGCUUCAGCGAUUAUCUCAGCAGAGCCGCAGACGCAUCGAGACCCUUAGUCGGCAUGCGCGUGCUCUUCUUCUUUUCUAUGCUGCGAAUGUUGGUGACCUUCGGCCAAGCAAUGCCUUUGCUGCGAAACGCAGCUCCGAGUACCGAGACUUCGCGAGACAGACAAAAAGAGCGGAGGCCUUUGCUGCGAAACGCAGCUCCGAGUACCGAGACUUCGCGAGACAGACAAAAAGAGCGGAG